CUCUAUGAAGGCCUUUUUCAGUCUAUCCACUAAUAUAGUGGUCUAUAGGGAAAAAUUUAUCCUUGCGUGAAAGAAAACGGAAAGGACCUGCAUACGGAGGUUUAACAACAUCUGAUUUUUUAUUACCGAUGCGGGCUAACAUAGAGGGGGAGGUUUAACAACAUCGUUGCGCAGUGGGUGAAUGUAUGUCUUCUCGCUGAUUUCAGUGUAUUUACAUUAUAUGUCUAUAGAGAGAAAGAUUCAGCACGACAAAACACGGUGACUGUUUACAAGUUCAAAUGUUCUUUUAGCACGUUCGAAUGGUACCAAGAUUGCGCUGAUCAAGCAAGAUGUCCCUUGGUUGUGUCAGCGUUGGCGAGUGGACUUGGAGCUCUUUCCGUCAGCCUAGCAGACUGCUGAUGACGAUGAUGACAAUCAUGCUGAUGAUAGUGAUGAUGUCUCCUUACACUUCAGCCUUCAUUGAAAUAACAAACCUAUCACCGGCUAAUGGUUUCGGUAUUGGGGAACCAACAAAAAUGAAUAUAACAUGCGAAUACAACACAAACAGUUUCAAUUCGUUCAGCCUCCUACGAGAUGGCGUUGCUGUUGUAGAGAUGGAGGACAGUAGCAUAGCUAAGGGAUUUGUAACUAAAAAGAAGGAGAAAGAUUUCGGUUGUAAUGUUCCUGCCCCUUCGUCGAAGUCCGGUGCGGUACAUUGCUGGAAAGCGAACCUCGAUUGCAGGGAUGUAGCAGUUUACAAAUGUUCUCUAUCAAGCUUAGACAUCUCCAAUGAAAAGCCGCUAAAAGCGAAGUCCUCCAUUAAAAGCGUGAUACGCGUCGACCCUCAGUUGGAGAAAAACAAUACAUCUAUGUUCAAGUGUACAGCAAAUGUUGCGUUACCGUAUACCAGUUUCGUUAAAUUUCUAUGGAAAAUAAAACCCGAAAAUCGGCCAAAUAUGAUAGAGCAGGAAAUAUCGGCUGCUGUUCCAGAUUCUACAAACUGUUUCGUUGAAGCUGCUACAAUAUAUCGGCACCAGUAUAAGUUGAGCGACCGUGCAGAUGUUUCCUGUACAGUUUUCAAGCAAACAAUUACAGAAGUAUUCGAUGCCCUGACUACACCUAUUACUACUACUACCACAAAAAAACCUACAACUACUACUACUAGAAGACCGGUGUCUGGUUCAGGUGUACAAUUCUCUAAAUGGGUUUUGAUCAUCAAUCUCAUUCUUCUGCUUCUGGAUGUCGCAGUUUCUCGCUAGUAUCAACCCGUUUUGCACAAACAUUAUAAUAAAGAUUCAUAUGAACGUUAACUGAAUUUGGUAUCGCCCAGCGCAUUAAGUUAUGGAGACAACAUCCAUGGAUUUUCGUUUGUACCUGAUUAUUCAAGAUCCUCAUUAAUAUUUUAAUUUUAAUCUUUCUUGUUAAUUAUAAUUCCAGUAAAUUAUAAGUUUGUACAUACAGUCUGAAUAUAUUUACAUAGUUUCACAUGGUUAAAGUGAACAUUUGUUAAAUAAACAGAAAAGUUAGAAGUAAAAAUAUUUAAGAAGUGUUUCAAAAUUAUUUUGAUUAAAAAUUUGAACAUAAUUGUUGCGUUAAAUAUAUCAAGUGAUUAUAAUUGUAUUUUAUAAAACAAUUCCAUAUAUAAAA